AUGCCAAUUGGACGUGGUGUACGAAGGCCUAUGCUGAUGAGAAACAGUAACGCUAUGUGGCUGCAGGUAUCCUCCUGUCCUUCAUCUCUGGUGCGAGGCUGGUCUCACUGUUCGACAUCCGGAUCUAAACGAGUGAUGGGAAAGCGGAGGUGGACCGUCAACUGGAGCAUCGCAGACAGCCAGCAAGGGCUCAGAGAGCGGGACCCACGGUCACCGUCUCUGUUCGAGUGUACCUGGGUCACCGUCCCUGUUUCGAGGGACAAGUGCCCUCGACCUCUACUCGAAGGCGGGAUCCCGGAUCGGCCAGCACGAUAA